AUGGCAGUGCACGGCCUGGCCCAGGCUUUAGCUACCGUGUCCCUCAGUGUGACCCUGUCGUGUGUGACCCUCAGGGCCCUGGGGGGGCCUCCCUACAGUAGUUGCUUUAUAUCACGUUCAUUCCAUCUAAGCUCAGUCAUUAUGUCAGAUUCAAAUGGUGCUGAUGAAAAUUCUCACAACAAGGCAGGGACAUCACCUUAUCCAGGUUCAAAAGUUGAACUUAGUCAGGUACCCAAUGAGAAAGUGGGCUGGCUUGUUGAGUGGCAGGAGUAUAAUCCUGUGGAGUAUACUGCAGUCUCUGUCUUGGCUGGACCCAUGUGGGCAUAUCCACGAAUCAGUGAAAAAAAUUUUUCUCCUAAGUUUAAUGAAAAGGAUGGACAUGUUGAACUAAAGAGCCAGAAUGGCUUGUAUGAGAUUGAAAAUGGUCAACCUAGAAAUCCAGCAGGUCGGAUAGGACUGGUAGGCCGGGGACUUUUGGGACAUUGGGGCCCAAACCAUGCUGCAGAUCCCAUUAUUACUAGGUGGAAAAGGGACAGCAGUGGAAAUAAAGUCUUUCACCCUCAUUCUGGGAAAAAUAUCUUACAAUUUGUAGCAAUCAAAAGGAAAGACUGUGGAGAAUGGGCAAUCCCAGGGGGAAUGGUGGAUCCAGGAGAGAAAAUCAGUGCUACCUUGAAACGAGAGUUUGGUGAAGAAGCUAUGAACUCCUUACAGAAAUCCACUGCUGAGAAGCAGGAGAUGGAGGAGCAACUGCAUAAACUCUUCAGUCAAGAACAUUUAGUGGUUUAUAAAGGAUAUGUGGAUGAUCCUCGAAAUACUGAUAAUAUGUGGAUAGAGACGGAAGCUGUGAAUUAUCAUGAUGAAACAGCUUCCUGCAGGCUUCUAAUACAAAGAGAACAAAGAAAGAAGAUCCAGACGUCCAAGGCAAGGCAGUGCUUCUCCCUCACCCAACCUGGAUAG